CUGCAAGCUUAUUUCCUCUACUUCACUUCAGUGCAUGGCAGUUAAAUGACUCAGCUCAGCAAGACAACCUCCACAUGUGAGACUCAAUGGAAAAUGUUGCUUCUUCAAGUCUUCACACUCAUAUAUCUGACCUCUGUCUGUGCAGCUCAAGAUGGAACUGCAAGCACACCUCCAGAAGAAACCUCUAAUGUGCCACCAACUUCCUACGAUCCCCCUGUGCCUUCCGUGACUUCAGAUCUUUCAGAUGUCUACAUAAAUGAGACAGUGGUCUUAAAAUGUAGUAUCAGUAGCAGCUCUGGCUGGACCUUCACCUGGGAGAAAAAUGGACAGCGGCUGUCUCAAAAUGCAGAUUUUUCUUUUCAAGAUCAGAAUUCGAAGCUUAAAAUAAGUGCAAAUAGAAAAGAUCUUUCUGGAAGUUAUACCUGCAGAGGAGAGAAGCAGGGAAAAGGUAGCAAAACUAGUAAAGCAACUGACGUCAAAGUUAAUGAGCCACCAGCACCCUUUCUGAUCCGGCAGACUGACUGGGCAGAUGUGUUUGUAAGUGAAGCAGUGAGUUUUAAAUGUGAACCGAACCUCCCUGCUGAAUGGAAAAUCAUCUGGUACAAAAACUAUCAACCUCUGGAUAAAGAGGGACCAUCAUUCAACAUCGAGUCAGUUACUGAAAACGAUAAAGGAGCAUAUGCAUGCCAAGCCAAGCUUAAAUCCAGACCUUUCAGCACUGGAUUCAGCAACACAACAAAUCUAAAUGUUAAAUCCAACAAUCCAAAGCUCACUCUAAGCAGAAGUCCAGACUUUGCCAUAUUCUAUCCUGAAGAAUCAAUCAACUUCACAUGUAAUGUUGAUGUCACCUCUGGAUGGAAAUAUCAGUGGUAUAAGGAUGGGGGAAAAAUCUCAGACUCCAGCAGUAACACCCAUACAAUCGCCUCUCUGAAGCCUUCCGACAAGGGAUGGUACCACUGCAAAGUCCAGAGAGGCAAAGGCCCGUUAUACGAGAGUAACAACGAAUCAGUAGAAGUUGCUGUCAACAAGCCCAAACCUGGUCUUACCAAAAGUCCAACCUUCCCUAUGUACCCUGGAGAAUCAAUCAACUUCACAUGUGAUGUUGCUAUGUACUCUGGAUGGGAAUAUGAGUGGUAUCAUAAAGGGGUCAAAAUUCCAUCUUUCAGCAGUAAAACAAUUACAAUAGGUCCUGUGACCCAUGGUGACAGAGGAGACUACCGAUGCCUUGCUAAGAGAGGCCAGCUGAGAACAGAUCAGAGUGACCCUGUUUCCCUGGAAGUCUCUGACCCACCAACACCAAUCCUGAAGCUGCUGAGCCCCUGGUCAGACGUUUUUGAAAAUGAGGUCUUGACGUUUAGCUGUGAAGUGAGCAGUUCUGAGUGGACCUUCACGUGGCACAAAAAUCAAAAUCUAAUUGCAGAUGAAAAAGGGUCAGUGCUCAACAACACAGCUGCCAAAGUGAGCGAUCGAGGGCAGUACUCCUGCAAAGUUCACCAUAAGCACAGAAAAGGAGUCAGCUCUGCAUCCAGCAACAUAUCUACUGUGUCCGUUUAUGACAAGUUACCAACACCCACAUUAAGCAGAGAUCCGAUUUUUACCCCAAUGUAUUCUGGAGAAACUGUGAAAUUAAAAUGCGCAGUAGAUGUUUCUUCUGGCUGGAGUUAUCGUUGGUACAAAGAUGGAAGCACUCUGAACAAACCUGGCAAGGAGUUAAGCAUAGACCUGAAGGUUUCUGAUAAGGGAGGAUAUUCUUGCGAAGCCACAAGAGGUGAACAAACAUCAACAGGACGUAGUAAAGAAACACAACUGGAUGUUCGAGAAAUUCCUGUUCCAUCACUGAGUCACAAAACACAGUGGCUGGAUGUGUUCCCCACUGAGAGCGUGCAGCUGAGCUGUAGGAUGGAGGGAAGUUCUGGCUGGACAUUCAUAUGGUACAAAGAUGGAAAGGAAUAUCAUGAAGGCACUGUCACUAACAAUGAAACGGAAAGCAUUCUUUCCAUCAGUCAAGCUUCACUCUCACACCGUGGACAAUACCUCUGCUCAGGAAGACUGAAGGGCAGGACUGUCAGCAGCCCAAAGAGCUCUUCAGUUGAGCUUCAAGUCUAUGACAAGUUACCAACACCCACAUUAAGCAGAGAUCCGAUUUUUACCCCAAUGUUUAUUGGAGAAACUGUGAAAUUAAAAUGCGCAGUAAAUGUUUCUUCUGGCUGGAGUUAUCAUUGGUACAAAAAUGGAAGCACUCUGAACAAACCUGGCACAGAGUUAAGCAUAGACCUGAAUCUUUCUGAUAAGGGAGGAUAUUCUUGCGAAGCCAGAAGAGGUGAAAAAACAUCAACAGGACGUAGUAAAGAAACACAACUGGAUGUUCGAGAUGGAAAACCAACAGUCACACUGACGCAGAAUCCCUCGGAUAAGUUGAUGCACACCAGUGAUUUGAUUUCCUUCACCUGUCAUGUCAAUAUCUCCUCUGGAUGGAAAUACAUAUGGUACAAAGAUAACAAACGAUUGACGUCAUCUGGAACCAUUCACCAAAUUGAUUCUGCUAAGACGUCAGACAGUGGAUCAUAUAGAUGCCAAGUUGAAAGGGAAACAACAACAACAUUUUCCUCAGACAGUCGGGAUGUAGAACUCAACAUUGAAGAGCGCCCAAAGGCCAAUAUAGUCCUUUUAACUACUUGGUCUGAGGUAUUUUCCACUGACAGCUUAAAGCUAGAAUGUGACGUGAUGGGCAGUUCAGACUCGUGGAACUAUACAUGGUAUAAAGAGGGCUUUAAUGUCAGUCGGUCGGUCUCAUCGACAUAUAAGGUCACGCCACAUAAUGACCCAGAGCAGAGCUUAUACACCUGUGAGGGCAUUCGCACCGAGAGACCAAUGUUUUCACAACGCAGCGACUCCUACAGAACCAAGAACCUCCUUUUAAAGAGGAGGAUCCUUCUUUCCAUCUCUGGUUGUCUUUUCUUUGGCAUCAUAGCUGUUUUCAUCGGAUGCGUUGCCCUAAGAAUCUUUCGUAAACCAGUUGCUGCAGAUGACAAGCAAGACGAGACCACUCUGUUUCUCACUAUGGCUCAGUUAAAGGACCGAAAUGAUGCACCAUGUCCUCUGGUUGAGUACAUCACUGAUGCGGAUAUGAAUCCACCUGACAAAGAAGGGGAGGAGAAUGGAACAAGCUGCAGUGAAGCAACAUCUCUCCCAAUAACAACGCUGGAUGAACAAGCUGCGACAACCAACGGGAAAGAGACAACAGAGAAUGGAGGCGGGAUGGUUUCUUUUCUGCAGUGAAUUACUAGAGUCGACCCUAAAAUGUUCUCUGGUGGUUACGUAUAUUUGAGAGACAGCUGCACAGCAUGUGGCUCGUCAAGCUCAGCAUAACAAAAAGUCUCUUGUCAUGACUUUCGAGCUAGCAAACUAGUGAUUUAUCUAUAUGACAUGAAAAGGUGUAAAUAAGAUGAUCAGGCAAAUGGAUUUAUUUAAUGGUCAGCACUUUCAGAUUUGGCAAAUGAAACUGUGUAGAUGUUUAUUUUUAUUUUACAUAAAUAACCUAGUAAAAAAAUGUAGAGUUGUGAAUAUUUUAGUGCAUUUUUGCUUCUUUCAGUUCAUGGUUCAGUUCUUCAAACAGACACCAGAUGCCAGUAUAACUUCUUCCAGUUUUGUUUUUAAUAUUUGUAAUGGUUCGUUACUGAAUGUAUUUUGCAUUGCUUUGCUCUUUUAGAAGCGACUCGUUGCAUCGUGUUUGAUAUAUUUAUCUACAAAUCGUGUACCUUCAUGUAUUAAUUGUUAAAAAUAAGAAGUAGAAAAUGUGCUCAUUCUGUUAAAAAUGUAUCCGCAGCGUCAAGUGUGACAGCAAAAAAUGAAAUAAAAACAAAUAAAAACGAA